AUGGUGCAUCUCUCCUUUCUUUCUUUCUUUCUUUCUUUCUUUCUUUCUUUCUUUCUUUCUUUCUUUCAGUCCUUCUUUUCUUUCGUUCUUUAUUUCUAUCUUUCUCUCUUUCAGUCCUUCUUUUCUUUCUUUUCUUUCGUUCUUUCUUUCUUUCUUUCUUUCUUUCUUUCUUUCAGUCCUUCUUUUUUUUCUUUUCUUUCUUUCUUUCUUUCUUUCUUUCUAUCUGUCUUUCAGUGUUUCUUUUUUCUUUUAUCUCUUUUCUUUCUUUCAGUCUUUCUUUCUUUUCUUUUCUUUCUUUCUUUCAGUCUUUCUUUUUAUCUUUCUUUUCUUUCUUUCUUUCUUUUGCUUCAGUGUUUCUUUUUUACUUUCCUUUCUUUCUUUCUUUCUUUCUUUUCUUUCUUACUUUCUUUUGCUUCAGUCUUUCUUUUCUUUCUUUCUUUCUUUCUUUCUAUCUAUCUUUCUUUCAGUGUUUCUUUUUUCUUUCUUUUCUUUCUUUUUUUCCCUUUCUUUGUAGCAUUUUUUCAUUAUCUAUCUCACCCUCUUCCUAUCAUCUAUCUAUCUAUCUAUCUAUCUAUCUAUCUAUCCCUGUCUAAGUUUAUUCAAUAUCUAUCUAUCUAUCUAUCUAACUCAGUCUAUUUCUAUCUAACUCAUUCUGUUAAUUUCGAUCUAUCUAUCUAUCUAUCUAUCUAUCUAUCUAUCUAUCUAUCUAUCUUAUUCUAA